AUGGUGCAUCCGUAUAUGUUUUCUAAAGUUAUUGUAAUUAAUGAUGUAAAACCGGAUGAAGUGAAGAAUGAUGUUAAAUUGGAUGAGGUGAAAUAUGAUGUUAAAUCGGGUGUUAGAUCGAUUGAUGUUGAGUUAGAUGUUGGUAAACAAAUUAGAAAUGAACAACUAUUUACUGCUCGUGAACGUAUGCUCGAAUGGGUCUGCAUGGAGGCUAGGAAAUUGGGAUUUGGCAUUGUAAUCGGAAGGUUCGACAAUGGUUCUAAUAGAAGGCAAACAUUUGUAACCAUGAGAUUUGAGAGAAAUGGAACGUAUAUUCCACCAAUUCGAAAGUUGAAACGCAAUGACAUCGAAUUGAGAAAAUGUGAGUGUCUAUUUAAAUUGCACAGAUAUCAUAAGGUGGAUGAUACAUGGAAAUUUAAUGUGAUUUCUAAUUUACAUAAUCAUGCCUUGUAA